AUGGACGCCUCCUCCCUCCGCAUCUCCAAGUUCGAUGGAACUAACUUCCACGCCUGGAAGUUCAAGAUGCAGAUGGUGCUGGAGGAACGGGACCUAUGGGAGGUCGUCAGCGGUGAGAUCAAGGCGGAACAGUGCGAGACUCAGUUGGACCAAGCGACGUACAAGAGGAAGUCAAGAAAGGCGAUGGCAGUGAUCUGUCUAGCCAUGGAAGAUUCCCAGCUACCGUUGGUCCGGUCGGCAAGUGGUGCAUGCGACGGAUGCGUCAAGAAGCGCGAUGAUGUGCUCGAACACAUCAACAAGCUCAAGACGCUGGCGGAACAGCUAGAAGCGGUGGGGGCUCCAGUCUGCGAGGACGAUCUCGCGAUCACACUCCUCGGCAGCCUGAGUGACUCGUAUCAAUUCUUGAUCACAGCUUUGGAGUCGCGCUCUCAGACACUCUUAGCUGGGAGCUCGUGA